AUGAAAACAUUCCCCAGACUCUCAAGGGCCAAAAGUGCCCUUCGAGGUAUUCGGUUCGCUUCUUCGAAACCAUUUUACGUCUCUACGCCCAUUUUCUACGUGAAUGCCAGUCCCCAUUUGGGCCAUCUCUACUCCAUGCUUUUGGCAGAUACCAGAACAAGAUGGGAAAAACUCGAUCCAAAGAAGCUGGCGUACUUUUUGACGGGCACAGACGAACACGGUUUGAAGAUACAGACAGCGGCGGAAAAAUCCGGUCUUUCUCCCAAGCAAUUGGUUGACUCAGUUUCUCAAAACUUCAAAGUAUUGGCCGAAAAGUUCAAUGUAGACUACGACAGAUUCAUAAGAACAACUGAUACUGACCAUACAGAAGUAGUUCAGUUUUUCUGGAACAUGAUGAUGGAGAAAGGAUUCAUCCACGAAGGCUCUCACAGUGGCUGGUACUCUGUCAGCGACGAGACCUUCUAUCCAGAAACCCAGAUAGAAGAAGUUGUAGACGAGAACGGAACCAAAAAGAUGGUUAGUUCCGAGUCGAGAAGCGAAGUUGUCUUCCAAGAGGAAGAAAACUACUUUUUCAAACUAUCGGACUUCCAGGAUCAACUUAUAUCUUUCCUUGAAAAGAAUCCCAAGUUCAUCUUGCCUGAACACAGAUAUACUCAGAUCUUGAACAUUCUCAAGGAAGCACCUUUACCCGAUUUGUCCAUUUCCAGACCUUCGUCACGACUUAAAUGGAGUAUUGAAGUGCCUAACGAUCCUGAGCAGAAGAUCUACGUCUGGUUUGAUGCUCUUCUCAAUUAUUUGACGGCUACGGGUUAUCCCCAGACUUUCCCUGUCGAGAACAACAGAUUCGUAACUCUGCCAGAAAACCCCUGGCCAGCUACCCAUAUCGUAGGCAAGGAUAUCAUCAAGUUCCAUACAAUCUAUUGGCCCAUUUUUCUCCUAGCUGCGGGAAUAGAAUUGCCAAAACAGGUAAUCGUACACGCGCACUGGUUGAGCGAUGGGUUCAAGAUGAGUAAAAGCUUGGGCAAUGUUGUAGACCCAUUUGAUAUCUUGGAGUACUAUGGGGAGGACGCUGUAAGAUUCUUCUUAAUGGAAAACUCUAACAUCCAGGACGAUUGUAAGUACCGUGAAGAGCUUCUUCAUCAGACUAGAGAAGCCAUUAUUGGCAAAUAUGCCAAUUUGAUGUCUCGUUGUGGAAACAGCAAGUUCGAUAUUAGACAAAGUGUGGAAGAUUGGAGAAACGGCAGAUUUAGCGACGUAGAUACUCUUAUCAAUGAACAGGCAUUGAAUAAGGACCAAACACAGAGUAUAAUAGAAGCCAGAGACAACUUGGUUGCCAGCCUCAAUGGUUUAUACACAAAUAUGGAUUCGAAACUUGCUGAUUUUGAUCACCUGCGGGCCAUUCAGAACUGGUGGACUGCUGUGUACUAUGGCAAUCAGCUCUUCCAGUUAUCCGAGCCUUGGCUCUAUACAAAGCUCUUGAAGGAUACUGCGGUGAGUGACGCCGAUAAGGAAAGCUACCGAAUCCUACAAAAUUACUUUGUAUUUUUGGCAGCUGAAACUGUGAGAAUAACCUCUAUUUUAAUCACGCCUAUUGUCCCACGUUUGUCGGAGAAGAUCUUGGACAGAUUGAGUGUAGCUUCUGGAGCCAGAAACUCUGAAUAUUGUGAAGUGGGUGCCGAUUUGCAGUUUGGCGUGGGUGCAAAUUCAAAACUGCACAGGUUGCCAAUAGAGAAGGUGGCCUUGAGAGGUGAUUAGAUGUAAAUAAUAUAGACUUGUAGAUAGACAUUGAUGAAUAUGAAUAAACUGUACAAUAAUAU